AUGGAGGGUAGUUCAGUGACUCUGACCUGUAGCAGUGAUGCUAACCCAGCAGCUAACUACACCUGGUACAAGGAGAAUGAAGACUCACCAAAAGCUUCAGGACAGAUCUUCAACAUCACCCACAUCAGACCUGAACACAGAGGGAGUUAUUACUGUGAAGCCCAGAACAGAAUUGGACGUCAUAACUCCACCUUACAUUUGACUGUUGUAGCAGGAAAAUUACCAGUAAUACUGAAUGUCAUCAGGUUAACUUUGAUGGUGCUGGUGCUGAUUCCUCUUCUUUUGAUUCUGUGUAUGAGGAAGAAGAAACUCUUCAGCUGUGGGGCUGAACCAAAUGAACCUGUGGAGGCUAUAGAGAUGCAGCAAAACGACACACAUUACUAUUCGAAUUCUUCUUUAUAUUGCAAUUAGUUUUACUUCCCAUCUUUAUCUUCUCCCUCGUCUGUGAUUAAACUCACCUGUCUUGUGUCUUUUGUCUACAUGCUCUUUGUCUCAUUAACCCAUCAGCUCUUGUGAGUGUGGGUGUACGUAUAGACAUGUCUCAUUUGUCCCUUGUCAAAUACUCUAUUAAUUCAUUCAUUUAUUCUAUUAUUUGUAGCUUUUCUUCAGGUUACACUGUUUCUCUUUUGGUUUGAUUUCACCUUUUGCUGUAUUUGUGGAUUGAGUUCUUUGUUUUUGUAAGUCAUCAUUAAACCGACUUUGA